AUGUCUCCACAACAAGGACAACAAUCCAUUGUUUUUCUAAGCCAAUCUCCUUCUUCAAUGGAUAUUGAUGAACAAUUCAGCAAAUGGCAUGUCACUCAAUUACCUCCUUUGAGCCGUUUAGACAUUUUGCAUGUUGUAUCUUCCUCUAAGAAUUCGUUCAUUUGGGCAAGCGAUGACAAGGUGUUCACCAUCGGAAAGUCAAAAGAUACAAUCUUUGAUGACAACAUUCAUGAAGAACUCAUCCUCAAUUGCAGAGAAUGGAAUUGGAGAGAAGCUGCCAAGCGUUUUCUCACCUUCCAUCCCGAAAUGAAGGACCUUGUUGGAGAUUAUCGAAUGUUGGCGAUCAAAAACAUUUAUGCUUCUUGCUAUGCAGUUUUUGUUGAUUUGGGAGACUCUGUCUUUUUGGCAAGUAAUGAACAUGAUAGUACCAUGUGGAAAUUUGAAAAGAACGUCAAACUUUUUGUGACCUCUUCUUCGAGUAAUCACGUGUUGGUGGUGUUUGAGGACAAUGAAUUGAUGAAUAUUGAUAGUUUAUUCUUUCAAAUGCCAUCUGCUCAGAGUAGUGAAAUCGAUGGUCCAAUUGUAUUAGCUGCUACAUCUGGAAAAUCUGACAUUAUAUUCACAGAAUCGAACAAGAUGUUCGUUCGGGGUGACAACAAAUUCAACGUCCAAAAUGGAGUCAAAUGCAUCACUUCGUUUUGCUAUGUGGAAACGCCUUUUGAAACUCUUUCAAAAGUGAAGGACGUGAAGUGUGGCAUGUUUCACACAGCUGUCCUGUUAGAAAAUCAUGAAAUUUAUCUAUGUGGAGACAAUCGAUCGGGACAAGUCACAGGACUUGUCAACAACAAUAUUGGAAAUUCGAAUGUUACCUCAAACUCUCUAUUAUUCACCAAAUUGAAUUUAAAGGAUCAUUGUCAAAACCAAUCGAUCCUCCCCGAGAGUCUCUAUUGUUCUGCCAAUUCCACUGGAUUUCUUUCCAAAUAUUCAUCUUCACUGUAUGUGUUUGGAGAGGUGGUCAAACAUCUCAAUAAGAGCAUGCCACUCGAUUACAAUUCAUCAGCAUUGGAAUUCAUUUUAGAAUAUACAGGACCUUCUCAAUCGAAUACGAAUACUCAUACGAAUACUUUUACCACUCCAUCCGUAAGGAACAAUAUUAACAACAAGCAAAAUGAUUGCCAAUGGACCGAUUUAGUACGUGUAGAACCUUUUGAAAUGUUUCAUCCUUCUACUGGUGAGUAUCAUAUCACGGGAAGGAAAAUUCCACUUGAACCUUUCGAAUUCAAUUCCGUGAGUUUUGGUUAUGGACAUUUCAUGUGUUAUCGAAAGAGAGAAUUUAAGGCAAGUUUACAAUAUUUCAAGAAACGUCUCCAAACACUUGCGUUGAUUCAUUCUCAACAUCGAGAUGACCACAACAACUCUACAAGUUGUAUGUUUCAGGAUGUUGAAAUAAUUUCAAAUGACUGCCAACAAUUGUGA